AUGCCGCGAGACCCUGUCCCUGAUUCAAUAGAGCAUCUCCCUAUUGCUCGCGAGCUGGGGAGGGAGUUGGAGAAGUUCGACCCCGAUCUCCGAUUCCGCGCAACCACCGACCAUCUGCAUCACACCUGGGCCAAAACCUUCUUCUCCCGACCGGAACUCUACAUUCGCCCUCAAUCGAUUCCGGAAAUCCAGCAACUGGUCACUGUUGCGCGCCGACUCCGCCGUCGCCUCGUGACUGUCGGUAGUGGCCAUUCUCCCUCCGAUUUGACUUGCACCUCGUCCUGGCUCGUCAACCUCGAUGAUUUCAACCGCAUUCUACAUGUCGACGUGGAAACCCGUUCUGUCACCGUCGAGGCAGGUAUUCGAUUGAGCCAGCUCGGGGAUCGACUGGAGAAGGAAUAUGGAUUGACACUGGCAAAUCUGGGCAGCAUCGACAGUCAGUCAAUAGCUGGUGUCAUCGCGACAGGAACCCAUGGCAGCUCGCUACGACACGGCUUGCUUUCGGAGUGUAUCGAGUCACUUAGCCUGGUCCUUGCAAAUGGUCAGCUUGUGCGCUGCAGUCCAACCAACAACCCGUCCCUUUUCCGCGCCGCACUGGUAUCCCUAGGAGCUCUGGGUAUUGUAGUGGAGGUAACUUUCAAGGCUAGACCAUCAUUCAACAUUGCCUGGCGGCAGGAACGCUAUUCGUUGUCACAGGUGCUCAGCGAAUGGUCCACUGGUUUGUGGACAUCGCACGAAUUUGUACGUGUCUGGUGGCUGCCAUAUGAGAAAGACCGACGAGCCGUUGCGCGAACCCCCCCCAAGAAUUUUUACGGCGACUGGUUUGGAUAUCAUGUCUAUCACAACUUGCUCGCGCUGUCAUCUUACAUCCCACGCAUUCUUCCGUGGGUGGAAUGGUUUGUCUUCGGGAUGCAGUACGGCUUCCGAGCAGGAUCAACUGUUACCGAGGCAGUCGAGCCCGCUCGCGCUGGUCUGCUGAUGAACUGUCUAUACUCACAAUUCGUUAAUGAGUGGGCUCUGCCUCUCAACGACGGUCCCGAGGCCAUUACCCGUCUGUCGGCGUGGCUGAAUGGUGACAUGAAGACGGCUCGCAUCCCGUUCUCAUCCAAAGGCCUGUGGGUGCAUUGCCCCGUGGAGGUGCGAGUGUCAGAUUCAACGCACAACCCGAACCCACGUCCUUUCCUCGAUCCGACCUGCCACAACGGACCCACGCUCUACCUGAAUGCAACACUCUACCGGCCGUACCUCCGAGACCCGCCCUGCCGACAACGAUAUUAUGAAGCCUUUGAGUGGCUUAUGCGGGAUAUGGGCGCCCGACCUCACUGGGCGAAGAACUUCAGCGUCCUUGGUUCCAGCGAGCUUCGUGCCCGCUACGGCGAAGACAUGGACGAAUGGCUGACUGUGCGGCAAGAGUUUGAUCCCGAGGGCAUGUUCCUCGGCGAAUGGCAUCAGCGCACCUUGCCCCUGGUCAACUCGACGGAGACGCCUGACCGAGGCGAUAGCCUACCUCUAAUGGAGCGAGAGAGCGAACGUCACAGCCUGCGCAUCAGCGGCGCCGGUGACGGUGUCGAGUGGGUUGGCGAACGCCGGUGGGAGCGUCAAUCUCAGGACGGCGCAAACCAGGAAGACAGGCCGACCCCCGAGGUAACUGCAUCAAGUCCAAUGACAGCCACUAGCGAAGAAAGUUUUGAUUUGCUUGCCAAGGGUGAAGCUAGCAUUGUGCUCCCCGAUGCCAAAUUCGCUUGA